AUGAAAUACCAGGUAGCUAUCCGCUCGUUCUUUGCUAUGAUGGGGAUUUGUCAGGCUUCGGUGUUUUUGGAAAGGGCCAACGGUAAAGCCAACGAAUACCCAAACCCCCAUUGUAUGGACCCGACAACAGCUUCAGUCUACAUUGCGACAUCGCCACGUCAGCACGUCACUGCAUUUUCGAACGCAGCAUGCAACCCAGGGGAGAACAAUAAAGAGCUCCUUGGAAGCACUGGGGGUGCAUGCGUGGAGCUCGGCACACAUUUCAACCAAGGCGCCAUACAUAGUUUACUAUUCAAUAUUCCAGUCUUUUGUGUUAUUGCAGAUUUGGUAGAGGGUAUGCCGGAGGCAGCUGUGGAAGGUCUCAAGAUGGCUUUGGAGCUUGGGUUACUUUGA